AUGUCCAGUUCCAAACGUCGUCGAGUCUCACCCGAAGACGAAGAAUCCGAGGCACAACCGGCUGUCGUGCAGUCCUCCCCGGCGACGAGAAUCCCCGUCGACGACACCUUGUCGGCGAAUUUGGAUGCCAUUCCGCAACUCCUCAUUGUGGAAUUGCAAAAAGAUGAACCCGCCGAUGUCUUGGCGGCACUCCAACGCAUUUGCAAAAUGGUGGAAGCCAAUGACUGUGAGAACGACCAAGAUCCCGCCGUCAAGAAUUGGAAAGAAAUGAAGGAACUAGGGCCGAUUCCCUUGGUUGUGAUUUGCAUGCGCAAAUGGCCGCAUCAGCACGACAUUCAAAGCAUGGCAUGUGAUACACUGGCCAAUAUGGUGCAUGUCGCUGGAUCGGUGGGACGAUUGGCCAUUACCAAAUGCGGCGGUGUCGAAGUGGUCGUAAGAGCGAUUACCAAAUUUCAAUCUCCCGGCGACGUCGAACUCCAACGAGAAGCCAUCAGGACGCUGCAAAAUACAUUUGCCAUUAAAGAUGGCGAUCCCAAGGUCAUAUCCGAUGGCAUGAUUCGCUUUGUCAAGAAACUCAAGGGUGUUGAACUCAUUGUGGGAAUGACCAAGGCGUUCCCGGAUCAUGUCAGUCUACUCCACAGUACAUGCGGGUUAUUCUACAAUUUGUCCUGUUUCAAGGAGAAUCACGACAUGUUGGUCAAAAGUGGAGCCGUAGAGGCAGCGGCCGCCAUCCAAAAAAGGUAUUUCAACAAUGAUGACUUGAGGACGGAAGCAGAGGAAUUCUUGACCAAAAUGUUCACCACAAACUCCAAAAAGAAAUCUUGA